AUGUCCGUGUCGUGUGGGGUCGAGUGCGUCGUCAUCCUCGGCUGCGUCCGCUGGGCCUGGAAGCGCUGCACCUACAUCGGCUCCGACGACAGCGCUGCCUGGCCCGCCGCCACCGCCGGCGAGUUCGACCCCGUCCCCCGCAUCUGCCGCCUCAUCCUCGCCGUCUACGAGCCGGACCUCAGCUGCCCCAGGUACGCCCCCGCCGGCGGGGUCAACCCGGAAUGGGUGGUCAAGCGCGUGGCCUACGAGCAGACAGGCGGCCGGGCCCCGCCAUAUCUAAUAUACCUGGACCACGACCACCGCGAGAUCGUGCUGGCCAUGCGCGGCCUGAACCUGGUGAAGGAGAGCGACUACAAGCUGCUGCUGGAUAACCGGCUGGGCCGACAGAUGUUCGAUGGCGGGUACGUGCACCACGGCCUUCUGAAAUCGGCUGCGUGGGUCCUGAACGAGGAGUCGGAGACGCUGGGGAGGCUGUGGGAGGAGACGGGGCGGGAGUACAAGAUGGUGUUCGCCGGCCAUUCGCUGGGGUCGGGCGUGGCGGCGCUGUUGAGCGUGAUAGUGGCCAAUCACGGGGAUAGAUUGGGAGGGAUACCAAGGAGUCUGAUCAGGUGCUAUGCGGUGGCGCCUGCGAGGUGUAUGUCACUCAAUUUGGCGGUCAAGUAUGCCGAUAUUAUAUGUUCUGUGGUGUUGCAGGAUGAUUUUUUGCCCCGAACACCGACUCCAUUGGAAGAUAUUUUCAAGUCUAUAUUUUGUUUGCCCUGCUUAUUGUUUCUCGUGUGCCUGAGAGAUACCUUCAUACCUGAAGGCAGAAAGCUCAGAGAUCCAAGAAGAUUAUAUGCACCCGGUCGAAUAUAUCACAUAGUUGAAAGAAAAUUUUGCAGAUGUGGAAGGUUCCCUCCAGAGGUAAGAACCGCUAUUCCGGUGGAUGGAAGGUUUGAGCACAUUGUUUUAUCAAGCAAUGCCACCUCUGAUCAUGCUAUUCUUUGGAUCGAACGAGAGGCAGAGAAGGCCUUACAAAUUUUGAAGGAGCUUGAUAAAGAGACCCCAAUGACCCCGCCUAAAGUACAGAAACUGGACAGGAAGGUGACACUAGAGAAAGAACACAAGGAUGCACUAGAAAGAGCCAUCAGCUUGAACAUACCACAUGCUGUUACAUCACCCGAAGAAUCAUCCUUAGCCGGCACUGAAGAGGGUUCUUCGGGUGACAUAAGUGUUGAAAAUCGUACAGAGAACACAGAUCAUUCCUCGGGGAAGGGAGAAUCAGCUUAUAGGAAUCCCAAAACUAACUGGAAUGAAGUGGUCGAGAAGCUCUUCAAGAAAAAUGACUCGGGAAAAAUGGUGCUUAAGAAAGGCAUAUCUGAUUCUGUUGCAGAAAAUUGCUCCUGA